UUGGUUUUUGCAGCUGCUGUUACGUGCGGUCUGUCCAGGCAGACUCGGCAGUUUACACCUCUGUUCGGUUUCAAGGCCGUUUCAAACUGAUCCUGAGGAUAGAGUUAACCCGUCUGACAAUUUGCGCUUUUUUUCAUUAUAGCUAGGUGUACAUGAAAAAAAAAAUAAAUACAAAAAACGAGAAAGGCAGAUCGCAACGUUAAGUCCCCGCCUUUCAGAAGAAGCUCGCCACCACCAUGGAGCGCAGGACGAAAGCAGCAUCAAGCAGGGGAGCAAUUGCAUUUACAGAUAUUCUGGAGAACAAAUUUGCAAUAUAUCGUAAAGAAAUGGAACAUCAUGGAAAUGAAGUUUGCCAAAGGGGUGGAAAGUUUAAGGACUAUUAUAUGCUCGUAAACGAGGCACUAAAAGCAGCUGUGGAGGUUGUUCGGUUGGAGUUUACAGAUCAUGCGGACAGAAGGUUUGCUGACCUCCACCUCGAACUUGCCGCUAGGGAUAACGAGAUUAAAAGUUUGAGGAUGCAGCUCCAAAUAUCCCAGAAUGAGCUGCGAGCUGCGCGGGACCACGUGAACCGGACGGAGAGCAUCUUUGGGACAAGCAGAGUAGGUAACCGGCAAGCUCGGCUUGACUGCAACGGUGGCAUAACCGAGAGGGAAGCCGCGAGUGGAUCAUGGUGCAGACCAACGGACCGCGCGUGGAAAUCAACCAGGAGUAGCUCACAGCGGAGUAAAGAUAAACCUGAAGUCUUCAAAACAGAACAAGGUUUACAAAUUAAAAUCAUUCAAAUAAAAGAGGAAGCUGCAGGUGAAGAUUUCUCUUUGUUAACCCAGCACACUCAUGAGUUGGGUUUGCAUGAAGACAAAAAAAGCAGCGUCAGUCAAAGGCACUGUCACACUGUGGAGAAAAAUGUAGUUCUGCAAGACUCCCUGUGUGCAGAGGACGGCUUAGAGUGGAAACCUGUUCUGAUUAAACAGGAAACAAAUGACCACGAAUCAAAUCUAUUUGUUGAAGAUGAGAUGAUGUGUGUUUCUGAAAAUAUGUGUUUGGAUGUAGAAGGGGCUUCAGCACUAAGGUUAUUUCCAGAAAGGCUUUGUGAUAUCCAGUGUUGGACAGAUGAACGGCUGUCAGUAGUUUCUGUUGAUACAAAAGAGCGUGAACAAUUGGCAUCAUCUGACUGUGAGCCUGGAAUAGAAGUGCACAGAAGCUCUGCUCUGUCCACAGUCUGUCAGCCUGGAUGGAAGACGUCACAGAAGGAUGGCACAACCCUAGCUCCUUAUUGCUAUGGUGAAUAUGGGAAGACAUUUACUUCAUCAUCAAACAUAAAACGGCAGCAGAAGCAGACUCAUGCAGAAAACAUUCCAUAUAUUGAAACUAGUAGUAACAGUAGGAGCAGCAAUAAAAAGAAAAUGAAUAAUACUGUGCAGAUUGGUAGUUUGCUCACAUGGAACAUUGAUGUUCAACAACAACAGAAGAUUCAGCCAGCAGAAAAACCUCACUGUUGUACAGUAUGUGGAAAGAGGUUCACUCGGAAAAUGAAUCUGCAGCAGCACCAAGCCAUUCACACUGGAGAAAAGCCAUACAGUUGUACCGAAUGUGGAAACAGAUAUGCCAGAAAGACUAGUCUUCAGCAACAUCAGAGAGUUCACACUGGUGAAAAGCCAUUUUGCUGUACACAUUGUGGCAAGAGAUUCAUAUGGAAAUCCAGCUUUUUGGAACAUAGAAAAUUUCAUGCUGACAAAAGUGUAAGUGCUUUAAAAAGUACAGUGUAAGACUGAUAUUGGGGUUCAGUUAUAAAAAUGAUACUAAAUGGUUUUGAAAGAUUGAAAACCUUUAAACACCUGAUAGAAUUCAACAUGGCGUCUUGGGCCACUUGGCUCCCUGCGAGAAUUCUUAUGAAUCAUCAAAGCAUUCCAUUUCAAACAAAGUAGACAAAUACAGUACAGUUACUAAGCAGGUCAGUAAUCUGGUAAAUCAAACAUAGCAUGAGUUUAUUCUUUAGAAACCUAUAAUUUAUUUAUUAAGAUUUUAACAAGACUCUUAUAUAAAUGAAAAUUAAACCAUUUGUUUAUUUUAUCGUGUUCUUGUUUUGUCUUUCCAUUUUUAUGGUACUGUAGAUUAACUAAUAAUAAGUGGUGUAAAUUGUUGCUUAGCAUAUAUUGAUGACAAUUUUUCUGUGAAUGUUAUUAUAUGACACAAUAAUUAGUAAUAGAAAUCCAAAUUUCAUUUAUCAGUUAUAGUGUUUUUAAUAUUUUAAUAUAAUUAAAGCUGUGAGAAUUCAACAUCCUUUAUGAAAAAGUGAAAAGAAUAAUAAUUUAACAGAAAGUGAAAAACUGUUUAGUUAACCAAUAGUUUGUUUCAAAAUUCUUUGAUGAAUUGUUCAGUGAGAUAAGAAAAAUGUUUCUGCCCAGCUGUUCAUACAUCCAUUUUCUGAACCUGUUUGAUUCAACUCUGGAUUGAGGUGCAAUUCCAGUGUUAAUCCUGGAUGGGAAGAUAGUCCAUCACAAAACACAUCCAUGCACACUUACUGUACACACAGCCAAUUUAAGAGCUGCCAGUUGGCCUAAUUUGAUGUUUUAGAGAACAACCCACACAGGGAAAGGGAAAAUUUGUAAAUUCCACACAAAUGGCAUUCAGGCCAAGAUGUGAACACUGAGUUAAAGAGUUGUGAAGCAGCAGUGCCACACCACUUUGUUUUCAUAACUUUGGACAAAAUUCAAAAUAUCUAUGGGCAAUUUAUAUAUAAUUAGAGUUACCAGACAAGUAUUCUUUACUUAUUUAAUUGCUGAACUAAGAAACCUUUCUUAUGACACCUUUGACUGGCUUGAGAGGAGCACUAACACAGGAUCAACUUUCUUUUUACCCAAUAUAUAAAACGAUGCCAGAAUAGGAAAUACCUCAAAUAUUACUUUGGGAAACAUUAUUGUGUGCAAGUGUAAUUUCUGGUUUUCAUGACUGUUCAAUAAAAUAAGUACAUCUUUU